AUGGCUACUCCUGCUGAAGAUACUCUUGCGAGAGAGAUCGAAGCUGACAUGGACAGGCACGUGGAGGAGGCCAAAGCAGCAUCCGCUCUGGAACCUCCAGCGGACGCGGCGGCGGCAACGCCAGCUGACGCCGCUGUGGAUACUCCUGCGCAUGACACUGCCACAUGUGCAAAGUGCAAGACAGAAGGCAAGGUCGAUGAGAUGAUUUCGCGACCGAGUUUUCGCGUCGAGCUGAGGCACAUUUGCCGUCCUUGCAAUGCUGUCGCGACGCAAUUCCAUCGAAGAGGCGUGCAGCUGACGGAGCUUCUGAGCGAAGAGUCAAUGGUUGCAUUCUUCUCAGAAUGUGCGUUGGAGAGGAAGAACGCGGAGGAUGGCAGGCUGUUGUUCGCGCGCGAGGUGCGCCGCGAGAAGCGUGGCGGAUAUGCAGGUGAAUGGCAACCUUUGACGUACUGGGAAUUGAAAGGCUAUGAUACUGAGCGCAUCAAGGCAACCUGUCCCAUGGAAGAACACAGUGCUUUGGGAGAGACUUACAAGGUGUCCAUCCACACUGAGUCAGAUGAGACGCUGCACGCGCAGGCUGAGCAGCGCAUCACGCAGAUGGAGUCUGAUGCCCAGCAACGCCGGCUGGCGGCAGCAUCUGCGCCGGGCGUGCCUGCCUUGGAGCUCGAGGAGGCUAUGGAGGCGCCUGCUGCAGCUUCGAAGGGCAAGCGCAAGGGACCGCUCACGGAAGAAGAGAAGCAAGAGAGGAAGCGUCUUAAGACGCUGGCAAAACAGCGCGAAACAGAACGCAAGGUUGCCACAGCAGCAGCUGCCAAGCUGCUGCCCUCUCUGAAGACGUGCCUGGAGAAAUUGGAGACGAAGCUGGGCGGCCUCGAUCAUGACACAUUACCACCAGCUACACUGGAGCAAGCAGUGAAUGCGGUGGAAGUGCUGACGGAAACCAUUGCCGGAGCUACCAAGCUGCUCAACGCCGCUGCCACCGGCAAGGCUGGCGACGCAGUCGAUGUGGACUGGAAGAAAGAAAAAGAUCUGCAGAGUCGCAUGAAGGACGGCCACGCAGCGCACAAAGCUCUGGUGGACUUCGCGCGGAGCGAUCUCAUGGCAUUGGGCUGCUGCAGCAAAGACUACAACAGCGUGGCGCAUCGCUGCUGGAACUAUGUGCGCUGUCGUCAAAUUGUGCGCUUGAAUAUGGAACGGCUGGAAAAAGAAAAGAUGUCAAAGGCAAAGUGCGACGCGGUGGCGGAUGCAGCCUGCUAUCCACCGGCCAAACGGCAAAAGAUUCUAUCGGCCUUAGCCCGAUGGAGUGGCCGAAGCAUCCAUGGCAUGCAAAGCGUGCUGAAGGGAACAAAAGCAGACAGAAGACCAAGUGGCGCGGCGGUCCGCGCUAUGGCGCGGGCACUGGCGCCAGCCAGGGCUUGCUUCAAACUGCUCGUGGCGCCGGCAAAGACUGCUGACCCCCCGCCGCAGCAGUUCUGCGUGGCGGAUGUGAAGCGACUGCUACAGUAUGUCGCGCAUGAAUGCCCUUGCUUCCAAACCUUUCUAUCGAGUUCCCAGGGCCAUCUGCCGCUGCGGGUUGUGCUCUCGCACGAUGAGACCACGGGCGGAAACGUCUUGGCAACAGACCCGAGGCAGAAAGCAACAAUUUUCUACCUCACAUUUGUAGGACUGCAAUCGAUCCAUGAGUCGCCAAGGGCGUGGAUUCCACUGGGGGUCUGCUCGCAUGAGCAAGUGUCUCGAAUACAAGGUGGAUUGUCGAAAGUACACAGCCUAUUUUUCGAAGAUUGGCAUCAGCAAAACUUAGGCCAAAGAUUCGAAGUUGCUCCCGGCGUCCAGGUCAUGUUGGAAAUAGCCGCAUUUUGCGCUGACAUGGACGCACAGCGCGCCGCGCUGGAAGCGAAGGGGUCCGCAGGACUGCGACCUUGUGCCUUCUGCAUGAAUUGCGUCAGCGCGUACAGUGAUGCGGCUAGCCAGACCGACGCUUUGCACUCCAUUGCAGAGAAAGACAUCAGAAAAUUCAAGCAGCACACACAAAGGGGCCUACAGGCUUGGAUGCGGUCAGCUUGGCAGAAAUGGCCAACUAUGACCGCGAAAGAACAAGACACCGUUUCGAAAUGCUUGGGCUACAGAGUGACAGGAGAUGGCAUGUGGCAAUCUGAAGCGUGCUGCGCUAUGGUGCCACUGCAUAAAUGCAUCAAUGACUCCAUGCAUGUGUACUUCAGCAACGGAGUAGCAUCUUUAGAACUUUGCUUGCUUGUUGCUGCUGUGAAGAAGGAAACGAAUAAAGAUGUAUCGGACAUGCUUGCAGCCGUUCAAGAGAGUGGCUGGCAGCGGUCUGGGAUGGCAAAGCGGGGUGCCCAAAAUAAAUGGUGGACGAAAAGACUGUUCACUCCAAGCUUUUUUAGCGCCUCUAUGUACAAGGGAUCUGCUAAGCAAACGCAGGCACUUAUCAGCUUGCUGCGCUGGCUUGCAGAAGGAGUUUGGGUUCACCAGCCCCAACUGCGCGUGGCCGCAGAGUCCUUCUUGAAGCUCUGCGUGUGUCUCGACGUGCUGAAAAGCAUCUCUCAGACCCGUGCGUUUGAUGAGCUUGCUGCCGCUCAAAGAGAUCACAUGGAAGCAUUUCAACGUGCUUGGCCGGAUUUUUUCCGCCCGAAGCAUCACCACGCGCUGCACCUUGGAAUGCAGUACGCGGAGACGGACUGCUCCCCCAACUGUUGGGGAACUGAAAGCAAGCACAGAGAAUAUAAGGACACGUUUGCUCGCAUCCUGCAGCACCGGCUCACGCAAACAAGAGGAGGAGCUGCAUUUGGCGAAAGCCUGAUGCCAAGACUGCUCAACCGCCAUGUGGAAAUGCUGAAUCAAAACCCGAUUGCACCACAUGGGUUUUUGCUUCUGAAGCAAUUUACUUCGGAAGAAGUAUUGCGCGUGGUUGGAAUGGCACACUGCGAGAUGUCUUCGCAGUGCCGCGUUGCCAUGCUGGAGCUCAAAGAUGGAGAUCUCCUUCUGUGGAACCACGCAUACAAUGCUGGUCGUUGCCAUUUCUUCCUGUCCAAAAACAAUGAGCUGUACAUAUACGUCACGAUGUUUGAGCUGAAAAAUCGAAGCGCAGCCUUGCGAAGCUUUCAGGCCACUGGUCACAAGAAAAUGAUCAAGUGGUCAAAUCUUCUGGCGUUUUGGUGGCACGGCCUGAGCGACAUGAUUUUUUUCCCCACGAAUCAGUGGCGGAAGCGGGUGAUGGUUCUACCACCUGAGCUCCACCUCUAUGCCGAGAACAUUUUAAGGCGAUUCCCUGAGGAAUUCAUGGCCCUCGGCGCACCCAAUUUGGAGGAGAUUUACGACCUGCGGCCAAAUGGCACCUGGUCCAAAAAGAUGGUGGAGAGUAGUGCGGAAAAGACCAUUGAGAUCACCAUGAGGCGUUGGUCGGCCGGUAACCCGUAUGCCGGCCCGCCGACGAUGGUUUCGCCCUAUGCCAUGCACGGUGGCUUUGCCGCCGCUCCACCACAGGUUGCGGUGUGCGGGGACUGGGACCCUGACCCUGCACUGGACUGGGAAAAGAACUUGACAAUGUUCAAUGAAGAAGUCGCCAUGAAGUCUGCGGAUGAGAACCAGAUUGUUUGGGACCUGCUGGAAUGGGGCAAUCUGGAAGCACUGAAGAAGUUCACGCCUGAGAACUUCGAUUGGCGCGCAUUGCAUCCCACCGAAAAGAACACAUUGCUCAUGGAGGGAGUGGCUUGCGGACUGGCAGGGCCCAACGAAGCGUAUUUGGACAUCAUCGAGUGGCUGGUUCGCUCCGGCGCCGAUGCAGGGCAGCGGACGCCCUCCUCGAGUCAAGGAAACUACAGCAUUUGGUUGAUCGAAGAUCCAGACAAGACCAAGCUUACGGUGGCGUACAAGGGCCACUCGGCCAUCUCCUACCUGCUCGCCUGGAAACGCGAACUCCAGGACAAGGCGGAGUGGUCCGAGAACUUGGCGUAUUUGGACAAGGCCUUGGCCAAGAUCACCUUGGCCACGCGGCCGCGCUCCUUGGGCCGACCGAAGGUGGCAGUGGACAAUUCCAUCGUCGAGUUGUGGGAAAAGGUCUUAGAUGCCACAGCGUCGCACAAUCUGACCUUUGAAACAGCUGAUGGCACCGUCACGGCUCAUGCGCAUGUGCUUACAGCAGCUUCACCCGUCCUGAAGGCCAUGUUGGAUUCCUCCAUGCAGGAGGGCGAGAGCCGGCGAAUUCGACUGGAGGACUGUAGCAGUGCCAGCGUCUCCUUAUUCCUGGAGACCUUGUACACCUGCUCUACCCGCAGUGAUCCCAAGUCGCAGACGGUGCUCAUGGCGCUGGACCUGGCGCAUCGUUGGCAGGUGUUCGCUCUAGUCGCGAUCUUCUCUGAGGUCUUGCAGGGCAUGUUGUGCGAUGAGAACUUUGUGGCCAUUGCCGAGGCGGCGGUGCUCAAGGAUCUGGACUCGGUGAAAAAGGCGUGUCACCACUUUGGUUUGGAGUCGAGGUCUGUUCAGGACCGAUUGAAGAAAGGUUUGCUUCCCAAGACGGUUCAAGAUCUUUUUGGACACAAGGUGACUUCUGCGAAUUCGGAACAGCCCAAGAAAAGACGCAGGUUCUGA